AUGGCUGCCUCGACGGCUGCCCGGGAUGCCAGCUUCCCGGACCGAGGGCCAACCGUCUUCGGCAUCACCACUAUCACCUCUCUGCUGGCCUCGGCCUUUGUCCUCGCUCGCCUCGUGUCGCGCAUUGGCAUCGUCCGCAAGGUCGGCCUAGACGACUACAUCAUCGUUCUGGCCUGGCUCAUUUCCAUGUUCCUGAGUGCCACCAUUGAUAUCGGCACUAAGAGGGGCCUAGGCCGCCACGACGAGAACAUCGACCCCAAGGACGAGCCUGCCCUGAGAAUGUGCGAAUACGUCUUCUCCGUUCUAUAUAACCCAGCUCUCAUGGCCACCAAGACGUCCAUUCUGGUCUUUUAUCUCCGCCUAGCCAAGAAUACCCAAAGAAUACUGCGUCUGGCCUCGUGGGCAGCGCUCGUCAUUGUCAACACGGCAGGCACCAUCCUGACCUUCAUGAACAUCUUCCAGUGCCACCCCGUAAAGGCGGCAUGGGACAUCAGGGUCCAAGCCAUCCGCUGCAUCCCCCUCCUCACCGAGUUCAUCUGCUCCGCCCCCGUCAACGUCAUCACCGACCUGGCAAUCCUGGCCCUUCCAAUCCCCGUGCUCACGGGCAUGCAGCUCCCCUCCCGCCAAAAGAUCAUCCUCGUCAUCACCUUCGCCUUUGGCAUCUUUGUCACGGUCGUCGACGUGGUCAGGAUAUACUACCUCCAGCAGGCCAUUGCCUUCAGCCCCAUGGGUGCCUCGCAAAACCCCUCGGCCAUAUACGGACAGAGCGCCGGAUUCUCUUGGAAUGCCUCGCUUUCCUUGAUGUGGUCGGCCGUCGAGGUCAACAUCGGCAUUGCUUGUGCCUGCAUUCCGACCCUCAAGCCCCUGAUCAUGAAAAUCCUUCCGGCCAUGAUCCUUGACCCGCAUGGCGCCCGAACAGGUAGCGCCCAGGUCCCUAGAGCCCACCUCUUGGGCAAGCACAUCACAAAGCAGGACGUGGGCGAAGAUCACCAACCCAGCGCCGCUGCGUGCAGUGUCGAGCCGCCCCUAGUGCCACCAGUCCCGCCGCUGGCCCAUGUAGAAGCUAGAAUCUCCGAAGAAGUCUCCUUCGGCGAGUUUCUGGCAAUCACUUCUGAUCUCGAGAUUUCAGUGACCCACACCUCAAGACAGCAUCGGCCUUCACUGGUGCCAGGAAAUGGCGUCCCGCCACCCGCCGCUCCGCCGAAUGACCGUUCCAUCUACUUUGGUUUUGUCAACAUGGCAAGACCCCAGAGCAUGGUCAGGACCUCGGCCACCGAGUCGUUCAAGUACUGCGUUAUAGUCGUCAUUCUCUUCUUUCUCUGGGGUGUCUCGUAUGGCUUCCUCAACACUCUAAACAAUGCCGUGGCCAAUGUCGCCCAUAUGACCACGGCCCAGGCCCUGGGACUCACCAGCGUCUACUUUGGGGGCGGCUAUUUUUUCGGCCCCCUGUUGGUGGGCGAGUGGCUCCUUCGUCACGACGAGCAUCGCCGUAUCAAAAGCGAUGACAACCGCAAGAACCCCGAUCCCGUGGGCGGAUUCAAGGCAACAUUCAUAGCGGGUCUGCUGAUCUAUGGGACCGGCACCAUCAUGUUCUGGCCUGGAGCGGUGACGACGGCCUACGGCGGGUUCAUGGUGAGCAGUUUUGUUGUCGGCUUUGGGCUUGCCGUCCUCGAAACUGCCGCCAAUCCCUUUCUAGUCCUCUGCGGGCCGCCCGACUAUGCCGACGCUAGGCUGCUCGUAGCCUCGGCCGUGACAGCCGUCGGAAGUGUUUUGAGCGGCCUGUUGGCUAACAAGGUCUUCUUCAACAGGAUCGAGGCGCGAGAGGUUGAUUCUACGACGCUGCUAGAUGUGCAGUGGACAUAUCUCGCCAUCACGCUCCUCUGCGUCUUACUAGCCCUCUUCUUUUACUACAUGCCCCUGCCCGAGGUCAGCGACAAGGAACUUGAAAGGCUCGCCGAACAGCUGCCAGUCGAUCCAAACAAACGGUCCGUUGGCGGCCGGCGGCUGAAGUCGUGGUGCAUUUUGCUGGCCGUUACUUCGCAGUGGUUCUACGUGGCUGCGCAGGAGAACAUGAGCAUCUACUCGCACGACCUUAUCACGGCCUUUGUCGAGCCCCAGUUGAGCGCCUCCGACUACCAACCGCCAGGCUUUAUCCUUUCCGUCUGGAACUACCUCUUGGUGGCCCACAGCGCCUUUGCCCUAUCUCGAUUCACAGCCGCCUACCUCGCCUUCCUGUCAGCGAGGCAUCCCACCUACCGUUUUGUGCCCACGCCGCGUACAAGCCUCACGGCCUGUGUCGUGCUCUCGGGCGUGUUUAUGCUCACCGCCGUCUCAAUGCGCCCCACCGAGAACCCCAACCUGAUGGCCAUCCCCGUCGUCCUCUUCUUCCUCGCCGAGGGCCCCAUCUGGCCCCUCAUAUUCUCUCUGGGUCUGCGCGGCCAGGGCAGCCAGACGAAGCGCGCCGCUGCCUGGCUGACCAUGGGCGGCUCCGGCCCUGCCUUCUGGCCGUUUGUGUCGUACGCCAUCCAGAAGGCCGGCGGCAGCAUCCAGACGUCGCUUGUCAUCGUCAUCGGGCUCGUCGCCGCUUCUCUGGCGUUUCCGCUGUUCUUGACCUUUGUCAAGGACGCCAGUGCCAUGGCCGACUACCACAUCUCCUCGUUUGCCGAAAAGAACAGACUCGCGCGGCGGCAGCAUACCGGCCCUGCCGCCGAGGGAGAGGGGGACCACGACUUUUUCCCACAAGGGCGGGAACGGUGUCAAGGAGAGACGGCGGAGGCAAAGGAGAGUCGGGGUUGGGGCGGACUCCUGGGGAAGCUAUCGAGGGGGGGAAUGACCGUGUGGCGGGGGUUUCGACGGAAAACGCUAGCAGAGAAGGUACCGGAGAGCUUUGCUGAGGGCCAGCUGCCAGAGGACGAAGACGACGAGAGCCGAAAGGACGACGAGGCGCCCUGGGAGUGCCAGGUUCUCGACACGAGCAUCUUGCAGAGGUGA